CUCCCUGAGUGCUUGUUGCAUUCCGUGUUUUCAUGUUAUUCGUUCGUGCAAAAGAAAGAGCAUUUUAAUAUAAAAUUAACCAAUAUGUAAAUAGUAUGUGAUAGUGAAAGAACAUAAUCUAAGGAAAAUCCAAGUUAUCAGUAUUUUGACGUGUUAUGUUUACCGUUUUUCGUGACUGUUUUUUGUUCGUCUUUUGUGUAUGUUCGUUCGCCUUAGUCCCGCAUGUGUGUGUGGGUGUAAAUGUGUGUAGGAGGUGAAGCACCUCCCCAUCCAAAAAAUAUUCCGAAAGUUAUAACUAUUUAGUGUAUUCGGUAAUUAUAACUGCCAAGUAAAGAAGCAAGAAAAAAGCAAGCAGCUUACCGGAAUUUGUAACCCCAGCAUAUUGAGCAAGUUCAAAACGGAACCGAAAAAAGCCAUCAAAGGUGACACCUUAAAAAGCGAGUCGUCAUUCGCAGUUGAACGCAACGGACGCUUCAGCGGGGAUAAUGUCAAACCAGGCGCAGAUCGACUACGACAAGCAGUUCCAGGAUGACCUGGCCAAGGCGACCGCCCUGAGUCUGGAGCAGCAUGCCCUCGACGAUUACCGGCGGAACAAGAAAUACGGCACUGGAUCGGGCUACCAUCAAAGUAGCCACUCAGCUGGCAGGGAUUACCAGCGUGACUUUCAGGCUCGACGACAUUCGGAAGUCCAUCAGGUGGCCGUUAGUUCGGGGAAUGUGGAACGAUCACGCACACCGCCGGCUCAGGUAUUGGAUAACGACCUGAUAUGCUUCGCAAGUCCCACCAGCAAAGAGCCGGAGAGUAGCACGCCGUUUGGCAAACUCAUCGAGGAUCUGCAGCGAAUGCAGGUCACGAAUCCGCAGUCGGCUGUUGUGCCCAUGGGACCGGUUGCAGCCGCAUCGAUACCCCCGCAUUACGGCUAUCCACCUCAGCAACAACAACAGGCACCGCCUGCGUAUGGCAUGGUGGCAGGUGCAUCAGCCGGAGGGGGAGCGUAUGGUGAUCUCCAGCUGGUGCCCUAUCAACCGGCGGUCCAGCAGCAAAGGCCGCUGAACAACGAGGAGCUCCAGCGGCUGUACAGUAUGCCCACCCAAAUGGCCGUGGCACCAGUUGCUCAGCCUAACGCGUAUUUGUAUUAUCCUGGAGCGCUUGUGGCACCCUACACGGCGCCCAUUGUAUCCGGAUCGGCUGCCUAUAUGCCACCGCAGUAUCCAGCUCAGGGAUACGGUUUUGGUGGUGUGUACACACACAUGGAUUUGCAGCGUCCCCAAUCGCAACCAGCUCCGACACCAGUUCCGCCAAGAAGUCAUCACAGUCAGCCGUCCAAUCGCUUUACUCCUCCCACUUCUUUGGAGUCAAAUGGAGUGGCCUUCCAGCCGCGUCGCCAAGUGCCAACGACCGGCAGUACGAGCUCCAGUAGCCACAUCGGGAACAAUGGUCAUCCUCAAGGACCGCGUAGGGGCAACGAUUUGAUAGACCUCAACCAGGAGGAUUAUUCCCGUGUGAGUGUGCUGGAGGCUUUCGAUCCCCUGCUGAACGACAAUACCGGAUACGACAGCGCCUCCGACAGCACCUCCUACUAUGCGGAAUACGAUCCGUUUGACUUUCUGUACAGCGGCGAUGGAGGCACCCAAAAUUCGGAUCCCAUGUACGAGGCGGUCAACAGGUGGGACAAAAGUGCGACCACGGUUAGUCCGAAAGAGGGUUUCAUCGGUUGGCGGCAAGAUUUUCUACCGCAACCAGCGACAUCAUCGUCGUAUUACGGUGAUGUUCCGCCGGAGGAGAGUGUAAAGGUGUCGGAGAACGGAUCCGGAAGCAUCUCACCGCCGCCACCGUUGCCGCCAAGGAAUCAACAGCUCUAUGAAUCAACUCAGGCAACAGUGCCCACCACCUCGAAACCUCACCAAUCCACUCAUCUGACGGACAGCUAUACCUCAAGCAUUCCGGCCAGCGUGGUCCUGGAUCGACGGAAAACCUGCACGCGUCUCUACGAGCUAAUCAGCGAUCAGCGCACGGAUGAUCCCGAGCUGCUCGAGUUCUACCACAUGGUUAAAGAGCUCCGUGCUCGAUAUCCGCAUGACGAUGCGCCCACCAAUGUGGGUCAUAUUGUGGCCGCCGAGUUCAACUACCACUACAUAAUGGACACCAGCAUCAAGGUGAUUGUGCAUCCGGCUCUGAACACCCUUCAAUCGCACGUUCUCUCCGCCUCGAUUGGCAAGGAGCAGGUGAAGGGUUAUGGAACGCCAGUUACGUUCACCUGCGAUAUUGACUCAGUUGUGGCCCAGGUGAUUGCCCAGGCUUUGGUUUCGCUGGAGGGACAAGUCAAGGGCACCGUCACCGAUUAUGUGGUUAAACCCAUUGGCCUUUUGGAGUGGCUGGCACCCACCUCGAAACUAAGUCAACUGGAGUGCGUGCACAACAGCUUCCAGCUGGAGAAGGAUGUGCAUCUGGGCUUGUGCCUCAGCACGACGGCCAACAUGCAGGCGGUGGCACGAACGGAGCGGGAUGACGAGCACGAUGCGGACCUUCUACCAGAGCAAUUGCUGCCCAACGAAGUGGUGCCGAUUGUGACCUACGACAACAUGAUGAUACUCAUUGAGACGCUCGAAAUGGAGAUCGAUAAGCUGGAGUCGGCGGCCGACGGAGUGCCCGGUCGGAGUGUGGUCAGCUGCUCGGGAGUGGUGCAAGCGGUGAAAGCCAUUUGUGCUCUUCUGGGUUCCAUCGAUACCCUGGAAAUUGCCCGGUGUGUUGCUGACUUGAAGCGCAUUUGCGAAGUGGAGCAGAAGAAGUACUCAGCGGGUGCCAGCAAUCCGGAGAUUGUGAGUGACUAUGGUGACUACGCUCAAGUUGUUCUCCGUCCGCGUUCGAUGCUCGAGCAGAUCAAGGUCAAGUGCAAUGAGCUGCGUGAUGCCGUUCAGGAACUGGUUGAGCUCUACGCGAACGUGUUCCGGGUGGCAUUCUCUGUAAAGACUCCCGAUUACUCAACAACUCCAAUUCCCAUCUCCUGCGUGUCCAAGCCGAUUGUGGUUUGCAUUAACUGCUUACACAGACCACCGCCAAAUUGGAAGUACGAGGAUUACUCUCUCUGUGUCCAAAUAGUCUAUGGAACUCGCUUGCUGUCCAGGCCAAAUGUGCUCACCUGCUCGAAUGACACGAGUGGUGGCCUGUUUCCGCGACUUAACUUCAGUGCUUGGCUGACUUUCGAUCAGCAUCCCAUUUGCACUCUGCCAAGAGAGGCCAGGAUCACGUUCGUCUUGUAUGGCAAGCAGGCGGCCAGCGAAGGUGAACCAAAUGCAGAACAGAAUGGUGAGCGGCGCCAGGUGACCACCGAGUUGGGUUGGUGUUCGAUCCAGCUGUUUGACUUCAAGCGCGUGAUGAUCUGCGGCCCCUACUUGCUGUCCCUGUGGCCGCCGACCACGGACAAGAUGUUGGGACCAGCGCCGGCGAGGGGUUGUCAUCCGCAUCCCGACUUUUGUCCCGUCUUGAGUAUCGAGGUGCCACCGUACGGAGGGCGAAUUGAGUUCCCCGAGCACCAGGAGAUACCCAAACCUGCACCGCACUAUGACUUUGCCUCUCUGGAUGCCAAUCUGCAAGAGGAGCUGCUGGACACCGCUGAGUUGGGCUACACUGGCGCAACGGAGCGUCGUGAAGUCUUCUGGGAGAAGCGUUUGUACCUCCAGAACUAUCCCAACGCCCUGCCAAAGGUUUUGCAUGCUGCGCACAGUUGGGAUUAUGCGAACUUGAUUGAUUUGCAUGCACUCCUUCACUCGUGGGCACCGCUGUCACCUUUGCAAUCGUUGGAGCUACUGCUGCCACGCUAUCCAGAUGCCAAGGUUCGCGAGAAGGCCGUGGAGUGGAUCUCCAAGAUGCCCAACGAUCAGCUGGUUGACUUUCUGCCUCAGUUGGUUCAAAGUCUGAAGCAUGACACGUACGAAGGCUCGGCGAUGGCGCGAUUCCUGCUGGCCAAGUGUCUGGAGUCGCCGCGUUUCGCCCACCACAUGUACUGGCUGCUGGUGCACAGUCUGCCGGAUGAUCCGCACAACUCGAUCGGCGCAGCCAUGGUGGACCAGGAGUACGAUGAAUCGCAGGUUACCCAGGCGCGCUACUACCGCCGCAACAAGAUGAUGCUGCGCGCUCUGAUGGCCAUUUGUGGCGAGAAGAUGCUGCAACGAUUCAUGUACCAACAUCGCAUGUGUCAGAAACUCACGACGAUUGCGGAGUCCGUGAAAGAGGCCAAGGAGUCAAUGCGUCAGAAGACCCUGGCCGCAGGCAUGGACGAAGUGCAUCAGGAUCUGCUUGAGAAACCCACUUGCCUGCCUUUGGGACCCGAAUUGGAGGUAACGGGAGUAAGUGUCCGGAAUUGCAGCUACUUCAACUCAAAUACGCUUCCGCUGAAAAUAAACUUUGUGGGACCCGAUGCCGAAUCUUUACCAGCAAUCUUUAAGUGCGGAGACGACCUGCAGCAGGAUCAGUUAACCAUACAACUAAUUCGGAUUAUGAACAAAAUGUGGUUGGCCGAACGCUUAGACCUGAAAAUGGUUACCUUUAAUUGUGUGCCCACGGGAUAUAAGAGCGGCAUGAUUGAGCUGGUCAACGAGGCGGAAACACUGCGAAAGAUCCAAGUGGAGUAUGGACUGACGGGUUCCUUCAAGGAUCGUCCGAUCCACGAGUGGUUGAGCAAGCAGAAUCCCAGUACGUUGGAUCACCAGAGUGCUGUGCGGAACUUCACAUUAUCCUGCGCUGGAUAUAGCGUUGCAACCUAUGUGUUGGGCAUCUGUGAUCGGCACAACGACAAUAUCAUGUUAAAGACUUCGGGACAUUUGUUCCACAUCGACUUUGGAAAGUUCCUUGGCGAUGCUCAGAUGUUUGGCAACUUUAAGAGAGAUCGCACUCCAUUUGUUCUGACUUCCGACAUGGCGUACGUCAUAAAUGGCGGAGAUAAAUCCUCCACUGCUUUUCACUAUUUUGUGGACUUGUGCUGUCGGGCCUUUAAUAUUGUGCGAAAGAACGCGGAUCUUCUUUUACAUACUCUGGCUCACAUGGCCACUGCCGGCAUGACAGGAGUAAAUUCGAAUGCUGUGCAGUACGUGCGACGUGCUCUGCUGCCAUCGCAAUCGAAUCCCGAGGCGGCCGCCACCUUUGCCAAGAUGAUACAGUCCUCGCUGAAAAGCUGGUUCACGCCGUUCAACUUCUUCUUGCACAAUCUGGCUCAGCUGCGAUUUACCCCCGAUGAGGGAAACGGCGAGUUGCUGUCGUUCGUGCCAAGGAAAUAUACUAUGCAGCAGGAUGGCCGCUUGAAGAUUGUGAAAGUGGUGUGUUUCCAGAAGCAUUAUAGCAUGGAAAAAUUCUAUAUGUAUAUUCUGGAAGUGACGCGACAUGGACAGCCGGAUCCAACCCACUUGUUUAGAUCAUAUCGCGAGUUUACCGAGUUCCAUCAGAAGUUAUGCUGGAACUUUCCCUUGGUUAAACUGCACAGUCUUCCGGCUGGCGUUCAUGUGGGCCGUUCUAAUAUCAAAUCUGUGGCAGAAAAACGACUACCUCUCAUACAGCGAUUCUUGAAAUCACUGUUCGAUGCGUCCGAGGAAAUAGCGCAUUCCGAGCUCGUGUACACAUUCUUCCAUCCGCUGCUGCGCGAUCAGCAGGAGGCCAAACUAGGGAUGCCAAAGAUAAAGGAGGUGAAGCGACAACCUUCGCGGGAUAAUCCUGACGAGAUUGGCCAAAUUCGACUAUCGCUGCAGUAUCAACGCGGCGUACUUACUGUGAUGAUACACCACGCCAAAGGACUGCCCAUGUUGCAGGGCGGUCAGGAGCCAAACACUUAUGUGAAGUGCUACCUAAAACCGGAUCCUAAAAAGGAGACCAAACGCAAGACCAAAGUGGUGCGCAAGACCUGUGUUCCCAGCUUCAUGGAAACGUUGGAGUACCGCAUGCCCCUCAAUAUUAUCCAGGAGCGGAGACUGCAGGUCACCGUCUGGUCACACGAUACGCUGCAGGAGAACGAGCUGCUCGGAGGCUUCGAGUUGGAUCUGUCGAAACAUGACCUGCGCCAGGAGCACUGCGAUUGGCAUCGCCUGGGCACGGUGCCCAGGAACUGACCAGAUCGGACGAGCGAGCUCUGAACUUCUUGGGACACUCUGCCUACCGACAAUCAGGCCUAGGAUUAUGCAAUACUAAUAUAUGUUUGUGCCUGUCCUCCCUUGAUCGAAAUAAUACUUAAAUACUUGAAGUGAUUGUACAUUCCAUAUACAACUAUUAUAUAUAUAACUUAUAAGUAGAAGUGUUAUUUCUUUCAACUUGUGCCUCAGAUGUAAAUAUUUUAUGCCCACCACAUAAAACAUUCUUUGGACAUUUAAUUGUAAUUAUAACUCUAAAGUUUAACUUUGCACCUACUUUCUACUUUUAAUUCGAUUGAAGUUGGAUGAGAUUUUAAAUCGAUCAAUUUUAUUGUGCACUUUGGGAAUUUAGAAAAUUUUGCAUAUUGGUAGUUUUUAGUUCGAAACAUUCUGUUGUAGGUAAACGGGAAAUGUUCUUUUCGAGUAGUUAAAUAAAUGUUCAGUAUUAUGACUAAAAAAACGUUAGAGAUUAUAAAUUCUCUAUACUUCAAAUAAAUUAGUUUCUUUUUUCGA